AUGAGUGAAGGCAUUGGUAGCGAUAUGUUUCGUCUUACGAUUCAAAUAUCGGUAAAAUUUGAGAGGUACUGGGUUAAGAAUAUGCAACAACCAGUUGAUACUGCCAUCGCGCUUAACGGCUUACAAGCUCGUACAAAAAGAGCUCCUAGUAGGUAA